CCGCUCGGAGCCGCGCGAACAUGGCCGAAGUCGGCGAGGACAGCGGCGCCCGCGCCCUGCUGGCGCUACGCUCUGCGCCCUGCAGCCCUGUGCUGUGCGCCGCGGCCGCCGCCGCCGCCUUCCCUGCGGCCGCGCCCCCGCCGGCCCCCGCGCAGCCCCAGCCCCCGCCCGGGCCGCCGCCACCGCCGCCGCCGCCGCUGCCUCAGAGCGCGAUCGCCGGCGCGGGCUCCUCUGCCGGCUCCUCCGGGGGCUCCUCCGGGGGCUCCGGGGACGCCGCGGGCUCUGGGGGUGCCGGGGACGAGGGCGCGGCGCCCGCCCUAGUGGCCGCGGCGGCCGCCUCGGUGCGGCAGAGCCCGGGGCCGGCGCUGGCGCGGCUGGAGGGCCGCGAGUUCGAGUUCCUCAUGCGCCAGCCCAGCGUCACCAUCGGCCGCAACUCCUCGCAGGGCUCGGUGGACCUAAGCAUGGGCCUGUCCAGCUUCAUCUCGAGGCGCCACCUGCAGCUCAGCUUCCAGGAGCCGCACUUCUACCUGCGCUGUCUCGGCAAGAACGGCGUCUUCGUGGACGGGGCCUUCCAGCGGCGCGGCGCACCCGCCCUGCAGCUGCCCAAGCAGUGUACCUUCCGGUUUCCCAGCACGGCCAUCAAGAUCCAGUUCACAUCGCUCUACCACAAAGAAGAGGCCCCGGCCUCCCCACUCCGGCCGCUCUACCCACAGAUCUCCCCGCUGAAGAUCCACAUCCCGGAGCCGGACCUCCGGAGCAUGGUCAGCCCCAUCCCCUCCCCAACUGGCACCAUCAGUGUCCCCAACUCCUGCCCAGCUAGCCCACGAGGUGCUGGCUCCUCCAGUUACCGCUUUGUGCAGAACGUGACCUCGGACCUGCAGCUGGCAGCAGAGUUUGCAGCGAAGGCUGCAUCGGAGCAGCAGGCAGACACGUCUGGAGGAGACAGCCCCAAGGAUGAGUCCAAGCCACCGUUCUCCUACGCGCAGCUGAUCGUGCAGGCCAUCUCCUCUGCCCAGGACCGGCAGCUGACCCUGAGCGGCAUCUACGCCCACAUCACCAAGCAUUACCCCUACUACCGAACAGCCGACAAAGGCUGGCAGAAUUCCAUCCGACACAACCUCUCUUUGAACCGUUACUUUAUUAAAGUCCCGCGUUCCCAGGAGGAGCCUGGGAAGGGGUCUUUUUGGCGUAUAGACCCUGCCUCUGAAGCCAAGCUCGUGGAACAGGCAUUCCGGAAACGGAGGCAGAGGGGCGUCUCCUGCUUCCGCACCCCCUUCGGGCCUCUGUCCUCAAGGAGCGCUCCAGCUUCACCCACACACCCCGGGCUGAUGUCCCCUCGCUCCAGCGGCCUGCAGACCCCAGAGUGCCUGUCUCGGGAGGGCUCCCCCAUUCCACAUGACCCUGACUUCGGGUCCAAGUUAGCUUCUGUCCCAGAGUACCGGUAUUCCCAAAGCGCACCUGGCUCCCCCGUCAGCGCCCAGCCAGUGAUCAUGGCCGUGCCACCCCGACCAUCCAGCCUCGUGGCCAAGCCCGUGGCCUACAUGCCCGCCUCCAUCGUGACCUCCCAGCAGCCCGCGGGCCAUGCCAUCCACGUCGUGCAGCAGGCCCCCACCGUCACCAUGGUCAGGGUGGUCACCACGUCUGCCAGUUCGGCCAACGGAUACAUCCUCACCAGCCAGGGCUCGGCAGGGAGCUCCCACGAUGCAGCGGGCGCAGCUGUGCUGGACCUGGGCAGCGAGGCCAGAGGCCUAGAGGAGAAACCCACCAUUGCGUUUGCCACAAUCCCGGCAGCCAGCGGAGUCAUCCAGACAGUGGCCAGCCAGAUGGCCCCGGGGGUCCCCGGACACACAGUCACCAUCCUGCAGCCUGCCACACCCGUGACCCUCGGCCAGCACCACCUUCCAGUCCGGGCCGUCACUCAGAAUGGAAAGCAUGCAGUUCCCACAAACAGCUUAGCCGGCAACGCUUACGCCCUCACCAGCCCUCUGCAGCUCCUUGCAGCCCAAGCGAGUUCGUCCUCACCGGUGGUGGUCACUCGGGUAUGCGAGGUGGGGGCCAAGGAGUCAGCAGCAGCCGUCCCCGCCACGGCCACCACCACCCCAGCCACUGCCACCACCGCCUCUGCCUCCGCCUCCUCCACUGGAGAGCCUGAGGUCAAAAGGUCUCGGGUGGAGGAGCCCAGUGGGACCGCGACCACACCGGCCGGAGUGAUCGCAGCUGCCGGCCCCCAGGGGCCAGGCACGGGGGAAUGAGGUCACCUGCACGCAGGGGAGUGGGACUCACCCAGCGGAGACCCUGGAGCUGGACCCAGCAGCACAGGCGGCCGCACCCACGGACGGAGGACAGCCCACAGCAGCCUGCGGGCAUCGGCGGCACCUGGACAUACCCAGCCCUUUCCAUGUUAUCGCCUGUCCUCCCGUGGUUUAAAACAAAAACAUAAACAAGUUCAGACAACUGAUUGUAUGAUUCUGGGAAUUAUUUGCUUUCAUGUCCUUUGCCUCUCCCCAGGCCUCCCUGUCAGGCGUGGGGAGGAGGCUGUAGUUCAGCAUCUCGAGGAAUGUGUCAAGAUAGCUCUGCCCGCUCCAUGCUACAUGGCCAGCUGCCUUUGUCCUGGGAGGACGGACAGAAACGCAGCAAGGCACACCCUGAGGCCAUAGGGGAAGCCCAGGCACUGGACAGAGGCCUAUUGGGGAAGCCAGGAGCUGCUGCCACACCACGGACUGUCUAAUAGCCUCUCUGCCCGGAACGUGACAUAGAGAGUGUUGGCAUUAACUCGGGGAGUGUCCGGUUUCACUUCGGACCUCAAGUUUUUCUUUGUUUAAACAUGGAAUUCAGACUUCAUUGUACACCUGAGGCAGACACAAAAGGGAUCAUCUAUUUUUGAGGAUUUCCACUGCUGAUGGUCUGAUGACUGGCUGCGGUCCGGGGUUCCUGCUGGCAUUAACCCUCUCGGAGGGUAAACCUGCUCUGUCUGAUAACUUCAAGUAAGAGCCACAGCUUCCCGGAUUGGUAUUCACUGUGGAAGGUCCACAGAAGAAAGACGGCCCUGGAUCCGCCAGCUGCAGGCAUCAUGCUGCCGGAGACCGUCGGGCCACUGCUCUGCAGGCCAGACCCUCCCGAAUCCUCCCGCGGCUCCAAUGUCCCAGUGCUGACGGCCACAGUGGACCUGACAGUGCCAAGCGCCAUCUGCUCAAGCUGCUUUUUCACUCAGUUACAGUGUCCUUACCACUCCCACCUUCCUCUGCUGUUUUCAAUUGGAACUGUUUCUCCUGCCCGAAGCUGCAGAGGCCCUCCCUGGUCCGUCCGUGAGCAGAAGGGAGGCCCCACCCUGGCAGCAGCGGCUCCUGCGCCUCGACGCCCCGGCCCCACCAACUCCACUGGUUUUGUUGACAUAGUGAGAACUGGAGGAGGACGGGAUGCUGCAGCCAGUAGGGCGGCUCCGGGGUCCCUGAGGAAGGCUGCCCUGCACUUCCAUCAAGACGGCCAGGGUCACCUAGAGCCUCGUCACUGAGCAGCAUUGAGCCAGAGCUGUCUAACGCUGCACCCAGCUCGGGGAGGGAGGAGAGAGGAGUCCUUCCGUGUGUCUUGAGAGGUGUGAGGUGUCCCCAUAAAGGUCAGCCAUCAGCUUUGCUGGCCGUUCCAACGCCAGCCCUCCUGUUGGGGACCACAACAAGAAACAGUGGCAGAUUCGACACUGAGCUCCAGAAAUGCCAGAGGAGCGGUGUUUCUGGGAGUCACCCGUCCUCCUCAUCACAUCCUCUCACCAGCAAAGCAGCCUCCACCCGGCCCUCAGCAGGAGAGCCACAGAGGAACCCAGGUGCCUGGAAGGCGUCUGAGGGAGGUGGCUGGGCAGGUGUCUCCCUGAAGAAGAAAGGAGAAUGCUUUCCAAAGCGAUUCAAGGCAGUGCAGGAGGAGCGACGUGCUGUGUCGCGGAGUGGGGGCGCCCGUGGCCCCGUCAGAGUCCCCGACCCUAGGACAAGUGCAGAACUUCUGUGGGCCCUUCCUUCCACCUAGAUAGAGAAAACCCCUGUUCUAUUUCCUUCCCCUGUUCCAUUGUUUUUCUAAGCCCCCCAAACGAGUCGUUUCUAUGGCACUAACCUUUCCAUGGGAAAUAAGCUCUUUGUAGAAGUCCAUACCUGUUGCCUUGGGUGAGGUUUCAGAGAAGUAGGGGUGAGGCGAACACAGCCGGGUGUCCCAGGUGCAGUUCCGUCCAUGGAGGGUGAGAGAUCGCGCUCCGUGCCACAUGCGCGGCUCCUGCUGUUGUCUGUGGUCCUUUGCUUUCCGUGCUGCCUGGUGUGUGCGUGCGUGGUGUGAGGGAACGAGGCGUGGUGGUCAGAGAUGCUCCCUGACACUGGCGCCUGCGUGGCCUGAGCCAGUACCGUCAGUGGGGGUCUCUGUGAUCGCCUGCUCCUGCCCUCUCCCCCAUGGUGACCGUGUAUCCCCAGGGCUGUGUGGCCACCCUCAUGGGGGAGUUCUGUUUGCUUUUGAGCUGCUGCAGGUCGGCCUCUUUCUGCAAGCUGAUGUCUGCAGGGAGCGCUGUGUACCACAAGUUGGUCACAAAAUGUGAGGUAGCCUCUCACCCUGGUCUGCUCAGGCUGGCUUUGACCCACUUGCUUUCCCAGCUUUUGAGACGAGCAUGUUCUUUCUGUUAGUGGUAGGAUUCUCACCGAUUUUACUGCUUCAAUGCCGAGGGCGUGGAAAGGGGCUGGUGGGUGGAGCUGGGGGGUAGUGAGCACAGGACCUCAGGGCUGCAUCCUGCCGUGUGGGGAGUCAGCGCUAUGUAGCUUCUGCAGCGACUGCAAAGAGGGACAAAGGGAAGUGGGCCUAGGGGUCAGCUCAGACUCGGAGCAGGGCAAGGACAGGACGGCUGGGUCCUGGACCCACUGCUCCGGGCUCAUAACCAUGAGAUUUUGAAAGCGUAUUUGGUCAUCGGAGCAGGUACCAUAUCUGGCCCCAGCCCUCCUGGUGUGCCCUGAGGCGGCCCAGCAAGCGCCUCCCAGCCAGGCUCAUUUGCAGAAGCAAGAGCACAGGCCAGGGGGACCAGGAGAGCCUCAGCCCCCAGUCCUAGCCGCCGGUGACCCUAAGCUGUGGGGAACCAGGAACCCAAGAACCUUCUCUAGGUUGUCAAGGCUGAGUUGACCCUAGCAAUAUGCAGGAAUGCAGGAAGCAAAAGAAACUUGAUUCCAGCCCCAUGCUAGGGUCACAGCAGAGGCUGAGGGUCUGCUAUCCUUUAAGCAGGGGCUGGGGGCAUGGUCCGUGAAUGAGAACAGCAGGUCACAGUGGUGGCUUUGGGAAGGGCCCCUCCCACUUUGCCCUGUUCUGAAAGGGGCUCCCUCAGAGCCCAUGGGCCCGGUAACCCACUUCUCUUUCCUGCUUCCUGCUCAGUAACUUGCCAGGUUUACCAAAUACAAGAAGACAUCCGCUUUGAAUAGGAGGUAAAUCCCAAAAGAAAACAUCUGAAGUGGCUGAGCACAGGCCUCCCACCGAGACCAUCUGGUGGCCCCUGAGAAUUGGGAAGGCAGGUCCUGAGUGUCCCCCAACUGCUAGGGCAGCAGGUGGCCCAGGGCACCCUCUCUCUUGCCAGCUUCUGCAACCAGCCUGGUGUCCACAGAGCAGUAGAGCCGGAGGAGCUCAGGGAGACCCGGCCGUGGAGGGCACAGUGCCUGGCGUCCCAGCGUGUGCCUGUCCUCAGCCACUUGUGUCUUUCCUACCGUGUAGACGUUCUCCCAGUGACACCUGGCCUCCAUGGAGGAUGGGACCUGUCACUCAUGCCUUUGAGGGACCCAGAUAGAGCAUCCCUCUUUGGCUCUUUCUACAUUCCUAAAAACCUCAAAGUCAGUCCCUCACCAAUCGGGCCUCAGGCCCUCAUGGUUCUGCAGCACCCCAUCCUGUCCCUCUGGCUUCACAUUAGAGGCCGCCGUGUGCUCUGAGUGAAAUGAGAUGCUGCUGUCGGGUUCCCAUGCAGAGACCUUCGAGGCAGCACUGGGAGACACUGCGGGGGGACCAUGACUGGGCAGGCAGAGGCUUGUGCACCUCACACUCACCCCUCAGUUUCCCUCCCAAGGUCUGGUUGUUCCUCUUUGGGAUUUGCUGUUUAUUUGUAUUUCCUUUUUCUUUAAGAACCAUGCCAAGUGAAAAAGGUGGAGAUGAGUUUCUGAGUUGCAGAGUGUUCCCUGAUCCUAGGUACCACGCUUUGGGCCUCUCAAGCAGGGAGGGGAUGGAUUUGGUGGAGUUGGGCCAGGGUGGGGUGGCCUCGUCCUACCCCCCUCCAGACUGCCAGGGCCCCAAGAAGUUUCAGUCCACCUGAACCUCGGCCCCCUGACUCCUGGGUCCGUUUCUGUACUGUUUGAGAUCGCAGGCGUCCUUCGGCGAAUGCUCUUAUGUCCUCUACACGAAGUGGGCUCUCCCUGGAACACCCAAGGGCCCUGUGACUCUUAGAAAGCCCUGAGCAAGGUCCCCCUUGAGAGAGAGAGAAAUUCCUUCUUCAGGCGGCUCAGCAAGUUCAGGAGGAAGAAAAAGCUUUUCUUUGACUUUGAAACCAGUGUUUUUAUAGAGACAAAGAACAGACCUCAGUAGGAAAAAUGGAAACGUAGUUUAACAUGGGGAUGCAUCAGAGGAGAGGAUUUUCCCCUUAGCUUUCAGAGCCGGCGGGAGCGCAGGGUCUGUUUGGCUUCAAAAGCUUCACAUUCUGCUUUGUCCUUGAGUGACUUCACGCGGGAUGACGAACUGUUGACCUCUGUAGGGAGGACACCCUAAGUCCAUCCUGGGCUCCUCCUCUCCCCUCUCAGAGAGAGCCCCCCCCAAAAAAGGCUUUAGAAUCACCAGCGUGCCGCCUCACGUGUCAGGGCGGAAUCACGCGCUCCUUACGCUAGAAUAAGUUACAAAACCAGAUUGUGAGGCUCUUCACAAAUGCAGAGCCCCGGAAUGCUGGAUGGAGGCCUUGUCGGCCCCCAGGGUGCGGCCUGGCUGCAGUGGGUCUGUGGUAAGGGGCGGCCACAGUGACGGCCUCACACUCCCGAUGAAAACGUGUUUACCCACAGCCUUGCCUCGAGCCUCCUUGACAGUACCGCCACUUCGAAGCAAUAUUAUUUAAUAAGAAUACUUUAAAUAGUUCACAUGUGCUGCUAUGAAGACAGGAGUAAUCUAUAGACGGGACUCAGCUCUGGAGGUUCCCGGGUAAUGUAUUUCGGCUCUUGGAAGUAAGGGUAGAAUUUAGAAUAUAACAAAUGGUCUCUCGCCCGGUUCUGUCCCUUAGAUUGUUUUCCUGCAUCUUACAAUUUCCUUUUCUUUUCCAAGUUCCUUUCUCCAGGCCUGUUUUUCAGUGCUCAGGACAUGGUUUUCAUCACCCACAUACUCUCUGCUUUUCUUGUUGUUGGGUUUGGUGCAAGACAUUUGCAAUUCCUGUUGUCUUUUGAUACAAAACGCUGCUACAUUUGGUGACCAGAGGGAGGGCUUAGAAUCUGUGCUUUGCCAAGGAUCUCAGUGGGUACCGCAGCCCCCUGCAGGGUGGUGAGCUGGGCCUGUGCCGAGAGAGGGGGCCCUUUCCCACUGCGUGCAGCUUGAAUUUUGUUGGAGUUAAAUCUGUGGAAGGGAUUGUCCUGUUGGAGCUGCUGCGUCCUUCCCUCUGUCCUCCCUGUCACCCAAACCCGAAGUCACAGCUGCUUGGAAGAAUGGGAUUUUGGGGAUACAACCACACAGAUUUUCCUCUGAACUGAAAUUUUUUAAAUAGACCCAUUUCACUGACUUCAUUUAGGGAAAAUAGUUUCUCUUUUGGGUUUUCAGCCCACAGCCAUGUAACCCUGCCUCUGCUGGGCUUUUCUGCCCUGUUCCAGCUCCUCUUUCUCAGGCAGAGGCUGCAGCCUUCAGCUCUGCUGCUGGAUGGGACAUUUCAGAGCCACCUCCCAGAAGGUGGGCAGGGUGGAGGGCCCAGGGCCAGGCCCGACAUGCGCCAUGACCAGAGGUGCUACCAGCGGUGUGAAGCUGGGCUGGGCUUUCCAGGAGGUGGCUGAGAAGGUUCUUUGGGCAAAACAGAAUCAGAAGGCCAUGAGAGAGAUGGGUGGGGGGGGAGCGUGGUGAGGAGGAUUCAUCUCUGAUGAACCUCGCCAUGCCUGCCUGUCACAUCCAAGCCUGUGCCAGCCCCUAGGAGGUCAGAGUCCUGCCCUGAGAAACAGCCCAGUCCCUGGAGAAUGAAUACCCAGGGGUCAGUGACUGGAGGCCCUCCCUCGAAGCCACCAUUCCCAGGAGGCCUGAGCGUGACCCAGAAGCUCUGCCUGGCACCAAGACUGGCGUUUUCCUUGUAUUUUUGUACGGGACUGAAGUGGGCAUUCUUCCUUUGACUGAGUGAGCGUUGGGACUUUUUUGGUUUCCUUUACUCAUUCUAAUGGCUGGUUUCGGCUGCUCAGAGUAUCAGAGAAUAUUACUAAGAAGGCAGUCACUCUAUUUUUAGGCAUCUUUCCUUCUGUCCAGGGAGAAACCCCUCGGAAGGAUCUUAGUCUUUGCACCUGCCUGUCAUUCUUACCACAGGGAAGAUGCGUUGAAAAGAAAAAUACUAAGACCAGGGAGAAGCUGCAAACGCAUUUCUUUGCUUCGGUUAAGCAGCUGAACACUGGCUAUAAAUGACCCCCCACCCCACCCCGCUCCAGGCCCCAGUGACCCAGUUGCGUCUUCAGGUUCCAUCCGCCAGAUUUCAGUCAAUCAGAGGCUGCCAAGGGUGACUGAAGAGGUCUCCAUGUCACUCUGUC